CUGGCAACACACUCACAUAGUCCUGAUCUAGGGUACAGUAUUGGCAUAGCAUACAUCAAACCCGCAUUUUACACCUCAAAGUUGCGUUAACCUCGUUAUCCUGACGCACUGGAAUCCUUAAAUACGCCCCCAGACCCUUGACCCGGACCCCGAUUUCCGAGCUACACCACGCCAGAGACCAAUCAAAACACAUCCAUAAGUAAAGGGACCCGAUUACCCGCCGGAGAAGCAUGCACUAGCUGUCGAGAACGCAAACGGCGCUGUGUGAGACGAAAGAGCGAGUUACCCUGCUCGGCCUGCCAAGUAGGAAAUCACCCUUGUGAUGUCUCAGGGUAUGUGUACAUUGCCCCCUGGUAUCGGAGACCAAGACGUCGACGCGAGGGCCUUAAUAAACGGAAUUGCAAGCCACCUAGAGACCUGCACGCUUAGAGUGCAGAACCAUUCAGCAUGCACCAACAGCCAGACACCGACUCAUGCAGCGAUCCAGCACGAGAUCGAAACUGACGAAAGUGGUUCUCAAUGCCGCAUGCUGGGUGACUCUCUAGGUCCCAAUUCCGAGCCUCAGCCCGCUGCUUCUGGCUGGUAAUGUACCUUCCGCUGCCCUGCUAUGUAAUGCUAUUUAUUGUUUUCGCGUGUGCUGCAAAGAAUUGCAGAUAUAUAGGAUCCUAUAUAGUUUGGAUAACCUACUAAAAUAGGCUUAUUAUCAUAUUUCUGUAGAG